AGUAAGAGGCGGCGGGGCUUUAUGGCGGUCGCCGGGCUUCGGCGGCCGAUGUCCGCGGCGAUCGGGGGCAAGUAAACGGCCCGGCCUCCCGGUGACGGCGCCGACCGAAGGAAGGAGCAGCGGGCGGGACGGGGACGGAGCCGGAACCUCGGUGCGACGAGCCCCCAGGUGGAGGCGGGCGGGCGGGCGGUGGGCUGCUGGAGGCAGCCGUUCGGAGCCUGUCGUCGGGUGAGCGCUCGGCUGCCCGGUCCCUGCCGGGGGUAGGCCGCGGGUCGCGGGCUGCUGCGUGUCAGUUUUCAGUAUUGAAUCUGGAAGGAGCCAUGACAGCAGGAGGGGGAACUGAUGAUGAUAUUCCAUUGGGAGAGAGGAAGACUGUAACUGAUUUUUGCUACCUACUUGAUAAAUCUAAACAGCUCUUCAAUGGCUUAAGGGAUUUACCGCAAUAUGGGCAAAAGCAGUGGCAGUCAUAUUUUGGACGGACUUUCGAUGUUUACACCAAACUUUGGAAGUUUCAACAGCAGCACAGGCAAAUCCUGGAUAAUAGGUACGGCCUGAAGCGGUGGCAAAUUGGAGAAAUUGCUUCGAAAAUAGGACAACUCUACUACCAUUAUUACUUGCGUACUUCUGAGACCAGUUAUCUUAAUGAAGCAUUUUCCUUCUACUCUGCAAUAAGGCAAAGGGCCUAUUAUUCCCAGGUCACCAAGGAAGAUAGGCCUGAGCUUGUAGUUAAAAAGCUUCGGUAUUAUGCUCGAUACAUAGUAGUUUGUCUUCUGCUCAACAAAAUGGACCUCGUCAGAGAUCUUGUUAAGGAAUUGUCAGAUGAAAUUGAAGAUUAUACACAUCGCUUCAACACUGAAGAUCAGUUAGAGUGGAAUCUUGUACUACAAGAAGUGGCAGCUUUUGUUGAGGCAGAUCCCGCAAUUGUGUUAAAUGAUGACAACAGCAUUGUGGUAACCUCCAAUCGCCUGGCAGAGGGAGUCGUCCCACCACUGGAACAAGGGAUGGUAGCUGGCCAGUUGGCAUUAGCAGAUGCACUAAUUAUUGGAAACUGCAGCAGUCAGGUUAAGUUCAGCGAAUUGACUAUUGACAUGUUCAGAAUGCUGCAGGCCCUGGAACGAGAACCUAUUAAUUUGACCUCACAAUUAGGCAAGACUGGAUCACAGGAGCCAACAGAGAAACCAUCAAAACGAGAAAAUCCACACAAAUAUUUGCUAUACAAGCCAACAUUCAGUCAACUUUACACGUUCCUUUCUGCAUCAUUUAAGGAGCUGCCUGGAAAUAGUGUCCUGCUGGUUUACCUGUCAGCCACUGGUGUGUUCCCCACAGGUCGUUGUGAUUAUGAAGGCCCGUAUGAUUUUGGUGGAGUGCUCACCAACAAUAAUCGUGACACAGGAAGCAUGGAAGUAAUACAAAAACGCAGCAAUUCAUUUAAAGAAAUGCACUGCCUUCAUCCUGGUGAUUUUUUCCCUUUUACACGGAAACCAUUGUUUCUAAUUGUGGACUCUUCAAAUAGUAUAGCAUAUAAGAAUUUUAUCAACUUGUUUGGUCAGCCUUUAGUUUGCCUACUUUCGCCAACAGCGUAUCCCAAAGGUUUACAAGAUCAAACUCAACGAGGCAGUCUUUUCACCCUCUUCCUGUAUAAUCCUUUGAUGGCGUUUCUCUUUAUGUGCCGACUCACAAGUAUGAGAAAGGGAUUGUGGGAUAAAUGUCAGGAAUACCUUCUUAAGAUUUAUAGAGACAUAGCUCACCUGCUGACUAAGUCACGGACUGUGGAUCAAGCAUUUCUUCAGUUUUUUGGUGGAUUUCUUCGACUACUUUUGACCCGCUUUGUUCUCUGCUCUGCAACCAUGAGACUGCACAAAAAUGAAACUCGAAAUUACCCAGAAACGUACCCACAGUUGCAGAAAGAAGACAGUGUGGAGAACCCUGUUCUUCAGAAUCACAUUCUGGAACUGGCUUCCAUUUUGGACGUUCGAAAUCUUUUCCUGGAAAAGACCACUGAUGAAUACUAGAAAAUUGAGAAAAUUAAUGGUUUACUUUGAAGCCAAUGCUUCUGAAGAAGACUGUUUUCUUUGUGUUUAUGUGUAGGAUAACUGAAGCACUUCAUUUUCAAACAUCAGUCUCUUUGGUCAAAAAAAUUUCUCAGACUCUUGUAUCUGCAGAAUGAUGUUGUUUCAGUAGUUGACGCUUGUUCCAUAGUCAGAGUGUAGUAACAGUGUUGUGAAUAAAACAUUAACACAGCAGGACACAAGUAUAAAGAUGAUUUAUAAACAAGUAGCUAAAAGGGCAUUUACAACAAAAAGCAAUAGAAGCUUUUUGACUCAUUCUAUGUAACAGUGAAACACCCAGAUGUUAAGGGUGUCAUUUUAAGAGUUUUAUAAAUUAUCUCUUGGCAGCAAAUAUGUAUAAAAAUAUAUCUAUAUAUAAUAUGAAUAAUUGCCCGUGACAUUGUGUUCCAUUUUGUGUAUUCUAGUUAAUCAUGUGUACUAGUUUUGGUCUUAUAGUUCAUCCCUUUGAUAGUUUUUGAUAUAAUUAUGAGGAUCCAGCACACCUACUGUAUUUUACUGCAAUUUGAUACAACAUGGCCUGGAACACUGAGUGGUGACAGUGCACUGAGACUAUUGAGCAUGCUCUGUUGAUGUGAGUGAACCACAGCUACCAGGAGACAUUCAAGACAGAAUCCUGAAGAUUAAGGUAGGUUUGUGUCUGUAUCCAGAUUUUCUUUCUUAAUGGAAUUGCUACUAAAACCUGUAGCAUGAUACCUGAUAUCUUACAAUGUGGUCUGAUUUAGUUCACUUAUUUUCAGGUUAGUAUGUGCGCAUACAAAAUAAUUGUUUACUUUUGCAGCUAAGUAUCAUUUUAAGAAAAUAAAAGAUAAACUUAACUUAAAUAUUCCCCAUGUGUUUCCUCUUUGAAAGAGAAACAGUUUUAGUUGUAAAAUUACUAGCAGCUAUAAUUUAAUGUUGUGCCCCAGAAAAACAUGUAGAAAUUAGAAGCUGAAAAGUGUGUUGUGUUCUCAACACAAUAACCAUAAGUGUUCACACAGUUUAUGGUUAUUAGUAUUGUGCUGCAUAACGCACUUUUCUUUUAGCCAUAUGACGCUGCUACAUUUUUAUACGUAGAUACUUGAAAUAAGCAAGGUUUUUUUGUGUAAAUGCUUUGAUAUUCAUAUCUUUGCCAAAUAUACUUUGUAUUUUCAUUAUGUAAAGGAAGUAAGUUUUUCGUGUGAUAGGUUUUGAUUUGGCUAUGACAAAUAAUGAGACUAUUAAAGAUGCUUUUUAUGCUUGUGGCCACAUUUUUUUGCAUCAUGUUAAUUCAUCAUUCAUUUACUUAUUGUUAUCUUCUGUUUAGAAGCAACUUUUGACUUGUGUGAAAUUUCUCUGAUAUAAAGAUUUAGUGACUAUCAAAUCAUCAUGUAGAUCUGGUUUAAUAUGUUAUUGGUCUGAUAUUCUGUCACUUGAAUUUGUCUUGUUAAAGUCUAAAUGUGUUUUGGCUAAAAUAUUUUAAAAUAAGUAAAACAAAAGGCAGCUUAAUUAGAAUUCUUACUGGCCAAAUAACACGAGGACAUUGUAGUAUUGACAAUGCUUUCUGCUUCCAAAGUUCUAAAAGUGGCCAAUAAUUAAUAUGUAAAAUAACUGCAACAAGAAAGUUGUUUUAAGUUUUUUCCAAUGAAGAUUUUUUUGUGAAUCAUGUUGUAUUUACUUGGUGCAGCCUGACUCCUGAGCUGCACCUUCUCGACAUGUGCAUGUAUUUGAUUCAAAUGUGAUCUUUUGCUACUAUCUUGAAGCAAAAAAAAAUGCAAGAUGAAAGCAGAGUUCUAUACUUUUAGUUAUAUUUAAAGAUAAACAGAUGGCACACACUGGAGAAAAUGUUCUCACUGUCCGCAUAUUAUGUGUCUUGUGAGUAAAGUAGUUUAACUGUUGUAUAUUUUUGUUUCUAUUGUGUGUUUGUAAUAAAUGUGUAUUAUUCGAUGCUCUAUCAAUGAGACACAAUAAAAAGGAAU